CAUUCCAAAACCAAUAUCCUCUCUCCAUUCUUCAGAGGCAGUCUCCACCAACACAGCCGCCCGCAUCAAACCAAGUCUGAAGCGUGAGUCACGUAUUGACCUCGUAGCAGCUAUAGGAAGAGCGAGGGCUUCGAGUUUCUGACUCCAAUUUCUCGAACAAAUAAAAAUGCCGCCUUUGAAAUUUAUCUUUUAAUUUUUAAUCAACGGAUGAGUUAGGUUGAAAAGACUCGUUAAGAGGCUUGAGAUCAGAUUCCAAUGUUCCAACCUUCACUGUUGACUAAACAAAUUCAAAACUUAGAAAAAAAUUUUUGUUUUUCAAGUAAGCGAUGCAAUAACUAAGAAGUAACCGAGGCCUUCCCUUCCUAUGGCAGCAGUGACCCCAUAUUCUUUCUCAUGAAGCCUUCAACAAGUCCACUUUCCUUUCUCUCCCGAUCGAGAAUCAAAUGCAUUUCUUUCAAAAAGCCGUUUCCUCUUCUUCCGCUUCGCCGUCUGCCCCCUCUGUUUCUUCAAAAGACAGCAGUGCCAAUGCUUGCAAUAUCGUCAUUAAUCGCGGGCAAUCCUCCUUUACUCAGAGGAGGCUCACGCGGCAGAGGAAGCUGAGGCACGUCAGUGACCGUGAGCUUGGAUUCCAGUUCAUCGACCCUUUGAAUUCGCCUCCCAGUUCACCUGAUUCCGCUCGAAAGCAGCGGUAUCUGGGCUGCUCCGAUCGCUGGUCGUCCGCCGUGCCGCAGCCAUUGCCGCUUCCUGAAUGGCAUUUGACCAAAAGACCGGAGUCAUUGGGUUCCAUUUUCGGACAGGGUCUUUCAGGAUCACCAGAAGAAGGGCGGAGCUCUGUUUUAAGGAGGAGUGGUGCAGAUCGUGUUGUCACAAAGUUUGCUACAUGUUCAAGCAAUUGUCAUCAGAGAUUCUCUCAAGAAGCUAAUGUUGAUGGUGCUAAUUACAACUUAAGACUGAAUAUUGCUGCUCGAAGUGCUCCUACAAGUCGUUUCUCAAGUCCUAUGGUUAGCCCACGAAGAUCAAAUGUGGAGGAACUCUUUCCUCACGAUGUCACUGAUUCAACUAAAUAUUCAAGCAAAUGUUGCAAGGGACAACCUCUAGAUCUGAAUGCUGAAAGUUUUAAGCACAAGUUGAGUCGGAAUGCUUCUCCCAGGAGUGCUCCAAUUAGUGGUUUCUCUAGCCCUGCUGUUAGCCCACAAAGAUCAAACACUGGGCACUUUUUACCAUCUUUUGUAGCUUCACAAGCAUGUCACAAGAGGACAACUUUGGAGGUUCUGGACUUAGGUAGGCACGUUGCUCAUAUUUCACAAGUGUCACCACUGAAAUCAGUGCAUGGUUCUGAUCAUUCUCCAUUUCAUAGCCCACCAUUGCAAAGUCCCUGCCUCAACCCCAAAAGUCACAAUAAGUUUUCGUUUACAUUGCAUAAUAAAUUGCUUCAUGGGAAUUCUAAGGAGUGGCCUGAAACUAAUAGUUAUUUCAGUGUUCAUCCAUUGCCCCUUCCUCCUGGAGCUGCACCACCACAGUCAUCUAUGCCAUCCCCGCCAGCUAUUCUCCAUCAGACAAUAGAGAAGCCAGAUGUAUCAUCUAGAAUAACUCAGUGGCAGAAAGGAAAACUUAUUGGACGUGGUACAUAUGGAAGUGUUUAUGUUGGAACCAACCGAGAGACUGGAGCUUUAUGCGCAAUGAAGGAAGUUGAUAUCAUCCCUGAUGACCGCAAAUCUGCUGAAUGCAUAAAGCAGCUAGAGCAGGAAAUUAGACUUCUCCAACAUCUAAAGCAUCCAAAUAUAGUGCAGUAUUAUGGCAGUGAAAUAGUUGAUGAUCACUUUUACAUAUAUUUGGAGUACGUGUAUCCUGGAUCAAUCAGCAAAUAUGUCCAUGAACACUGUGGAGUCAUGACAGAAUCUAUAGUCCGUAAUUUUACCUGCCACAUUCUCUCUGGAUUGGAUUAUUUGCACAGUACAAAGACAAUCCACAGGGACAUUAAAGGAGCAAAUUUGCUUGUUGAUUCGUCAGGUGUUGUUAAGUUAGCAGAUUUUGGGAUGGCAAAAUGUCUUACUGGACUAUCGUAUGAAUUGUCUUUGAAGGGCAGUCCACACUGGAUGGCUCCAGAGGUCAUAAAUGCUGUGACGCAGAAGGAUGCCAAUCCUGAUCUUGCUUUGGCUGUUGAUAUAUGGAGCUUGGGCUGUACUGUCAUUGAGAUGUUUACUGGCAAACCUCCCUGGGGCGAGCUUCAAGGGCCUCAAGCAAUGUUCAAAGUUUUGAACAAAAGUCCACCUAUACCAGAAGCAAUGUCUCCAGAGGCAAAAUAUUUUCUCAACUGUUGCUUUCAAGGAAAUCCUGCAGAGCGACCAUCAGCUAGUAUGCUACUCGAGCAUCCUUUUGUGCUAAAUUCAAGUGAACUCAAUGCGUUGGCCUCCAGACAGACAUUAUCAGCCAUAAACCUCAAGGAUAAAUCACGAAGUUCCAGAGAUUGUGCUGCACAAAAAAUUGAUUUGAUGCCAACCUCUCCAGACGCAUGGAUUAUGAAUGAUAAAAUGCCCAGCAAUAGUGAAAAUGGCCAACAAAGUUGUGUCAAAACAUUCAAUUGUGCUGCAACUUCUUAUCACUCUCCAUGUUCCCCACUUGAAGUCCUUCCUUGUCUAUCUACAUCCCAACUGGUUUAUGAUUCACAUAAUUUCACCUCUUCAUCAAAUGUUUCCAGCAACAUGCCGCUUGGUGCUGUGAAUUACCAUCCUUUGGCUCUUUUGAGGAGUCAUGGAAGGGAAGUUCCAAAUAUCUGAAAUAUCGAUUGAUUGUCAUUGGUUGAUCAGGAAGCAAUUCUUUGUGUACAGCUAGGUAGAAGCUAGCAACUGACUAGUGGAGAUGUUCAUAUUGCUUUUGAAGGCUUUCAUGACCCUCAUGAUCUUGAUGUUCAGUGUAUCAUAUUUCUAUGCUCUUGAAAAUACAGAGAGGACUUCUUAACUUGGACAUCUAAUUAGCUGGGAUGAGUGCGCUGGUCAUUUCCAUCUUCAUCGUCUUGGCUAUAGCUUGUGCAAAUAGAAAGGGGUUGGCGCUUUAAGCAAGUGAUUUCAGGAAGAUGGAAAGAGUGAGAAGGAAUGGAAAUAAGUUAUUUGUUCCUAUGCUAGAAAAGAAUGACAAACUCUAGUUGAACUUGUAAAUAUAGGAACCCUUUCUUCUCCACCAUUUGAUUCAUUUAUAACAUAGAAAAUGUUGUUUCAGCUGGUUGCUUUUUCAGAAACCAGUUAUGUAUGUGAUUGCACUUGACUUUUUUAUUUUAAUUUUUUUUUUAUCGAAAUGGCAUUUGACUUGUUGCUUGUCUA